AUGUCUUUAACCUCAAUUGGACCUGAUACAGCGUUCGAGAACAUCCCGAUUAUCGAUAUUUCGGAUGCGAGGAGUACCGAACCAUCGAAACGAUAUGCUCUUGCUAUGGAGAUUAGGAAGGCUUGUAUGGAGGUGGGCUUCUUCUACGUCAAAGGACACGGAAUCUCGCAGUCCAUCAUUGACAAUGCUGUCUCCGAACUUCACAACUUCUUCUCCUUACCACUGGAAUCCAAGAUGAAGCUCGAGAAUAAGAAAUCUCCGAAUUUCAAGGGUUACUCGCCGUUGCUCAGCGGCAACAACGACCCAAACAAUAGAGGCGACCUGCAAGAGGGAUUUGAGUUUGGCUGGGAAGACUUACAACUCUCGGUAGACGAAGCUAGAGAGGUCGAUGGCGUGAUGGCUGGAGCAAACGCGUGGCCUCACGAGGAUCUGCCUUCGUUUCAGUCAUUGAGACUCGUAUUUAGAGCACUAAGCCACGCGGCAGUCGAUGUUGGGAAAUCCUUAUUCCCGUUAUUUGCUCUCGCGCUAGAUCUAUCAGAGGACUUCUUCGAUGACAAGACCAAACACUCAGCUGCUCUGAUGCGCAUGUUGCAUUAUCCACCGCAAUUAUCUGCUGAAGGAGAUCGUGUCAUUGGGAUAGGAGCUCACACUGAGUACUGCUUCACCAUACUCCUUCAAGAACCGGAAAAGAUGGCAUUGCAAGUUCAGAAUACUAAGCAACAGUGGAUCGAUGCCCCUCCUAUUGACGGGACACUAGUAAUCAACCUUGGGGAUCAAUUUGCCCGUUGGACUAAUGAUGUCUUCAAAUCAACCGUUCAUCGAGCCAUUAACAGAAGUGGCAGGGAGCGCUACUCCAUUCCUCUCUUCUUUGGAACGGACUACCAUGUUCGCCUUGAACCGAUCUCAAGCUGCGUCUCUCCCGAUCGUCCAAGUCGGUACGAAGUCAUUACUGCGGGGGAAUAUGUCAAAUCGAGGCUCGCAGCUACAUAUGGCCACUACUAA